UAUCACUUCCGGGGUCAGCGAGUAUUUCCGGUGGUUUAAAUCUGCCCCGGCGUUUUCUUGCGCCUCCGUCCUCAGGUAGCAGGCAUGUCCACCCUCUUCCCCUCCCUCUUCCCCAGAGUCACGGAGGCGCUCUGGUUCAACCUGGACCGGCCCUGCGUGGAUGAGAACGAGCUGCAGCAGCAGGAGCAGCAGCACCAGGCCUGGCUGCAGAGCAUCGCCGAGAAGGAUAACAACUUGGUCCCGAUAGGGAAGCCUGCUUCCGAGCAGACUUAUGAUGAGGAGGAAGAGGAGGAUGACGAAGACGAUGAAGACAGCGAGGAAGACUCUGAAGACGAUGAGGACAUGCAAGACAUGGAUGAGAUGAAUGACUACAAUGAGUCUCCCGAUGAUGGGGAGAUUAACGAGGUGGAUAUGGAGGGAGCUGAGCAAGAUCAAGACCAGUGGAUGAUCUAGACAACGAGGUGAGAAGAGCAAAGGCCCACGUCUGGACAUGAGUCUGUACCCUGCAGCAUCGUGGCACGGAGGAGGAAUGUCUUUGGAAGGCGGGGCUCUUGAAGGCACCCAGUUGGCCUUGAAUCCUCGGCUGGAAGUCGAGGGCAGGUGUGUUCCGCCACCAGACUAUCUCCGCGGACUCCUUUGCAGACAUUCCGCGGAACCGGCCUGCAGAACACUCCAGGGGAAAGGACUGUAGGUUCAGCAACGCCUUUUUGGAGCCAGGGGUGUGUGGGUGUGUGCAUGUGUGUGCGCUUGUGGUUUCCUCUUGGCGGAAACUGUUUUGUCAAUAAACGUUUUUCUUACCUGUU